CUCUUCACCACUUUCGCUUUGGAGAUGGCUUUGCAAGCUCAGGUCAUCACGAAGUAGAGGCUGUGUGUGUCGUCGCGGCACUUCUUGGCUAAUAUGGGUCCUCACAGCCACAACUGAUCAAUGUUGCCAGCGUAUCCACUUUCCUGGAUCGGCGUUGCUCGGUGUUGUGGGUGACGCGUGGUUAGUUUCGCGGAACCCCUUCCAGUACUCCGAGAACCUCCGUUGGACUCUACUAGUAGUCGUCGACCGGGCGUUAAACCAAGGGCACAUGAUCCAUCCACAGUAUCGUCAGUCCGUUCAAUAUAUUGGCUACGGAGGGCGAGACACCGAGGGACACCGAGGUUGAGUCCCGUCUUCCUGAAGAUGCGCGCACAAGGAAGGAUAUAAACCUCGCUUCCUGCGCUCGCAGUUUUCAAGUCUCGUCCCCUGAUUUCGGCCCACCUCUGCAGUCUCACACUCCUUUGCUCCGAGUCGCCAAUACCCUCUACACCACCAUGAAGCUGUUCCUCGCGUCUCUCGCCACCUAUCUAACUUUCACCUCCGCCACCCCUGUUCGCAGGGGCGGCGACGACACCGUCAACGACAUGUCAUCCGUCAUCUCCGGCAGUGCACCCUGCGCCGCUGUAGGCGUCCUCUUUGCGCGUGGCACCUUCGACAGCGGCAACAUCGGCGUCUGGGUCGGCCCUGAUUUCAACGACGCGCUCAAGAGCAACAUCCCCUCCGUUGCAGUGGAGGGUGUCGACCCGACCGCGUACCCUGCGACGCUGGACAGCUACCUCAGCGAAGGCGGGAGCAACUCGGGCGCGCAGAGCAUGGCGCAGACUGCCCAGGCGUACGUGCAGAAGUGCCCCAACGCUGCUCUGGUUAUCGCAGGCUGGAGUCAAGGCGCGCUCGUCGCACACAAGGCGCUCGACCAGCUAGACGACGCGACGCGCGGCAAGGUCGCCGGCCUUGUCACGUUUGGCGACCCGUGGCACCUGUUCUCCGACGAAACGCCGUCGGUCACCACUCAAGGGUACUGCGUCACGGGCACUGUGUUCGAUCCGCUUUGCGCGAACCUGCCUUCGGACUUCAAACUCCCGACGUCGGUGGAUGACAUCGUUGGUCCCUUCAAGGACCUUCCGAGCGCUGUUCAGGGCUGGGAGCAGACUAAGGCCGCUGCGAGCUUGGUAGAACAGUUCCCAGGCGAGCUCUCGGACGCUUGGGAUGGCUUUGUACAGAACCUGCAGCAGGGUGGCAUCCAGCGGGCGAUGCUGACCCCCCAGCACUUCACCUACGGUAACAACGGGAUGGCAUCUCAAGCGGCACAGUACAUUGCUGGGCUUGACAUGGUGAAGGCGGCUCAAGCUUAAGCUUUUCAGCCGC